CGCUGGUGGCAGUGGUGUUUCCCAGACUUCGCUGACCACAUCUCGUGCGAGACCGAGACUAUGCUCGAACCUUCGGUGUUGCAGUACUCGUUCGAGAACUUGACGUGGGCUCCCAGCUCGGGCGAUUGGGUUUCGGAGUGCUUGGAGCUGGAUGGACACCAGCCUUGGCGCAACUGUUGGGUGGAUGUGCCGUCCGAGCACCCGUACAACACAACCUUCGCUCCGUGCAACCCCAUGGUUCCACUCUUCGUUCCUCGUGGCAUGACUGUUCGUGAAGUCGCGACAGCUAUUAAGGUCAACCCAGUGCUGGACCCUCGCCGUGUUACGACCCCAUGGGUGCGCGCGUUCACGAACUUCCACGGACCUCCUUUCGGUCUGCAGGAGGACGGGCAGCCGGGUGAAAACAAAAUCUCGGAAGAGGAGGAGGUCAAGGAGCUGAUCGAAGCGAUCGAGUCUCCGGUUGCUGAAGAGUCUUCGGAAGAGGUUCAGGACGAAUCUCGCCCCGCCGUGGAUGCGCAAGAGACUUCGGGCGAAGCUACACAAGCGCUAGGAGCUCAAGAUGAAGCAACAGCAACGCAGGACUCGGUUCAAGAUCGCGUCGCGGCUUCGGAGGCCCCUGUUGAGGAGGCCCCAGCCAGCGAGCCUCCGGCUGACGCGCCACGUUCGCCUCCAAGUGCUGCUGAUCAAUCUGCCGCGCAAGCCGAAGCUUCUCAGGCUGCGCGUCUCCGCGUUUUGGCCAAGGUUGCCUCGUCUUCGGACGCCUAA